AUGGAUCGCUCAGACACCGAGCGCAAGAUGUCUCUCAACGCAGAGGAACUCGAGCACGCAGCAGAGUCCGAAGAGCGCCAGCAUAGUGAAGUUCCCGAAGAGGCCAACAAACGUAUUAAAGACACAUUUGAUCGCCGACUGCUUCCCAUCGUCUGUUGCCUCUACGUCCUAUCCUAUCUCGAUCGAGGAAACAUCGGAAACGCGAAAGCCGCAGGUGUCCAAAAGGACCUGGGCCUUAGUGACUCUGAAUGGUCCUGGGUUCUCAAUUCUUUUUACAUCUGUUAUGUCUGCUUCGAGUGGACGAACCUAUUUUGGAAGAUUCUACCUGCAAGCAAAUAUGUUGCCACGCUUUGCGUGCUUUGGGGAACUGCUGCCAUGUGUUCUGGUGCCACGAAGAAUCUCGGCGGGCUCAUAGCCACUCGAGCCCUGCUUGGCGUCUUCGAGGCCGCAUUCGGCGCCGGUGCCCCAUACUUCCUCUCUUUAUUUUAUCGCCGCAAAGAACUCGGCUUUCGAGUUUCUCUCCUGCUUGGAAUGUCACCAUUGGCCAAUUGCUUUGCUUCGGCGUUGGCUUAUGGAAUCACCAACAUCAAAGGCUCGAUAGAGCCUUGGAGAUAUCUCUUCAUUAUUGAGGGAGCCCCGACCGUUGCUUUCUCGCUCGUGGUUUGGUUCUUCCUAGCAGACUCGCCAGACAAGGCGAAAUACCUGUCUGAGCAAGAUGCCACCUACGCUAGGGAGAGACUCCAGAUCCGCGAUCGCACCAAGAAGACUAGGGUUCGUUGGAACCAGGUCUUUGCUGGUCUUACGGACUACCAGAACUAUAUCCAUACCAUCAUUCACUUCUGCUGCAACUACUCUUUCGCGGGUCUUUCCAACUUUCUCCCCACAAUUGUUCGCGAUAUGGGCUACUCAUCCAUUACUGCACAAGGCCUUACCGCGCCCCCAUACUUCCUAGCAUUCCUUUGCUGCGUGGUGGCAGCCUUGGUGAGCGAUAGGUUUGGUAAGAGAGGAUACAUCGUGAGCGGUUCUGCUUUUAUCGGGUUUAUCGGCUACCUCAUGUUGGUUGUGGUUCAAGAUGAGUCUAAGAAGGCAACUCGUUAUGCUGCCAUCUUUCUAGCCUCUUGUGGAGUGUUCCCUGCGCUCUGCAUCAAUAUCACCUGGCUGUUGAACAAUCAGGGAGGAGACUCAAAGAGGGGUGCCGGACUCGCCAUACUGGCUACCUUUGGUCAAUGCUCUUCCUUUGUCAGUAGUGUCAGCUUUCCUAGUUCUGACGGACCACUUUACCUUCGAGGUACCGCUAUUGGUUGUGGCUUGACUGACCUCAUUUCUAUCCUCGGGCUAGGUUUACACUUCGCCUUGGAACGUGAAAACAAGCGAAGAGAUCGUGAGUAUGGCACCGUCGAGGCCGACAUGACGGUUGAUGUCACGGAGCUUGGCGAUAAGAACAAGAACUUUCGCUACCUUACAUAA